AUGGCGCAAGGCUACUCCUUCAAAUACUUCAAUGUCGACUUCCCGUCAAGCAGCCCGUAUGUCGCGCACGUCGAGAUCAACCGAGCCGACAAGCUGAACUCCUUCUUCGAAGACAUGUGGCUCGAAUUGCGCCAAGUCUUCGACAAGCUCUCCACCGACCCCUCCGUGCGUGCAAUUGUCCUCACCGGCGCAGGCGACAAGGCCUUCACCGCUGGUCUCGACGUCAAGGCCGCUUCGCAGGGCACACUAUUCGAGGGGGGAGCCUCCGACCCGGCGCGCAAGGCAUGGGGCAUGCGGCACCACAUUGUAGAGUUCCAGGACUGCAUCACGGCCAUCGAGCGAUGUGAGAAACCGGUCAUCGCAGCCUUGCACGGCUUCUCCUUUGGACUCGCCAUCGACAUCUCCUCGGCGGCAGACAUCCGCGUGUGCGCGCGCGACGUCAAGUUCGCCGUGAAGGAGGGGAACUACGGGUGGGUGAAGGAGGUUGCGCUGACGGCGCGCACCUUCGGCGCAGAGGAGGCGCUGCGGGUGGGCUUGGUCAAUGCGGUCUAUGAGAAUAAGGCGCGGGCCGUCGAAGAGGCGUUCAAGCUGGCGGCGCUGAUCGCGUCUAAGAGCCCCGUCGCCGUGCAGGGCACCAAGGAGAUUUUGAACUACUCGAGGGAUCAUACUGUAUCCGAGGGUCUGCGGUAUACGGCCGUGUGGAACAGUGCGGCGCUGCAGACCACAGAUGUCAACUCGGCAUUGUUAUCGGGGAUUCAGAAGCGGACUCCGACCUUUGAGAAGCUAUGA